AUGCUUCGAAGGGGGGCGCUGAAGGAACUGUCCAAAGGUAAAGUAGAAAGCCUCGAGAAAGGCAGCCGCAGAACGCCCCAUCAGCAAGUCGUGUCCAAAUUCGACCGUCGGAACCGAGCGAAGCAGAUGCGCAUAAACAAGGACCACGAACAUGCGAAGGUUACCAACGUCUUCAACGGGCAAGAUGGUGCACCGAGAAUUGUGGCUGUCAUUCCACUAUGCUCGGACGUGUCUGCUGCCGCUGCAGUCCAGAGCUUGAACGCAAGCUUGGACAUCAACGAGGAAGUGCCCGACGCUGGCUGGACACGAGUGAAUGUCGAUCGAUUCAAGCAAAAAGUACAAUAUUUGGUCGUCCAGCGCGAUCUGUUGGCAUCACUCGAUGCUUGCCGAAUCGCUGACUUUGUGGUAUUCAUACUUUCGGGGCAAGAGGAGGUUGACAAGGAGGGUGAGAUUAUACUCAAAGCAAUUGAAAGCCAAGGCAUAUCGAACACCUUCACUGUAGUGCAAGCUCUCGACAAGAUUGAGCCCGCGAAGCGCAGGCCGCAGGUCGUCGCCUCACUCAAAUCGUACAUCACCCACUGGUUACCGACGACCGAACGUGUAUUCUCGCUCGACAACCGCCAGGAGUCUUCAAACUUAGUCCGAUCGUUAUGCACAACCACUACAAAGGGUGUGAAGUGGCGCGAUCAGAGAAGCUACAUGUUUGUGGAAGAUGUUGCGUGGCCAGGGGGUAAGUCUGCUGCCAGUGAGGAUGGCACCGGCGAGGUUGUCUUGACCGGCGUAGUUAGGGGACAGGGCUUGAAGGCAGACAGGUUGCUCCAGAUUGGCGAUUGGGGGGAUUUCCAGAUUGACAAGGUCGUUGCUGCUCCGUUAGAAAACCGCAAGAAGGCGAAGGAUGAUGCCAUGGCAGUCGAUUCCGAUGACGGAGAGGACGUAUUAGACCGCGCUGGUGAGGAUCGGGAUGAUUUGGCCGACCUUGCCCCGGAGGAGACGAUCAUGGACGAUGUAACCAACUAUGCCCCGUCGGUAGCAGCCACCGAACGAAAAGGUGUGCUUUUGGACGAUCAUCAUUACUUCUCAGAUGAAGAGGAGGAAGACGCGCCAAAGCGUCCGAGACGACUGCCAAAGGGCACCAGCAAUUACCAGGCCGCAUGGUAUCUUGACGAUUGUUCUGACUCUGGUUCAGAUCUCGAAGAUUUCGACAUGGAGGAUGUUGAUGAGACUAGUGGAGGCGCGCACGCUCAUCCCGCCGACGGAAUCGAGGGCAUGGACGUAGACGGCAGGGCAAUGACUGAAGCUGGUCCUUCAGAAUAUCCCCAAUCCGAGAUGUUCCUAGAUCCAGCUCCGGAGGACGAAGCGGCUCAGAUUGAAGCGUACAGGAAGUCGCGGAAGAAUGAAGCGGAAGAAGACCUCGAAUUUCCAGAUGAGAUCGAGCUCCACCCCAACGUCGAUGCUCGAGAACGGCUGAUCCGAUACCGAGGUUUGAAGAGUCUCAGAGAAAGCGUCUGGGAGAAGGACGAGGACAAGCCAUACGAACCCUCAGAGUGGCCUCGAUUACUAGAAAUUUCCGACUACAAAAGGACAGCCACGAAGUUCAUGCGAGAAGCUUGGGCUGGUGGUGUCAAGCCUGGAACAAGAGUCAACGUUCACCUGCGUGGGGUGCCGCUCUCAUGGCAAGGCUCAAGACCGAUGGCGCUGUUUUCUCUCCUACGUCACGAGCACAAGCGGACAGCAUGCAACUACAGCAUGCUGCUCAGCUCAGAGUAUGAGGGUCCGAUCAAGUCCAAGACGGAAAUCAUUGCACAGUGCGGGCCACGACGGAUGAUCAUCAACCCGCUAUUCUCCCAAGCGGGCAACACGCCCAAUGACGUUCACAAGUUCGAUCGAUACCUCCACCCCGGUCGAUCGGCAAUCGCCUGCUUCGUUGGGCCCAUUACUUGGGGCAAUGUCCCCGUUCUCUACUUCCAGCGCACCUCCUCCCCAGCUUCUGAUUUUGACUCCAACGUGCAGCCCGCCUCGAUCCCCACUCCCAAUCCCUCCCUCAGACUCAUCGCCACCGGCACCUCCCUCCCACCAUCCCUCAACCGCGUCAUCGCUAAACGCAUCAUUCUCACCGGCCACCCCUACAAGAUUAAUAAGCGCAUCGUCACCGUGCGCUAUAUGUUAUUCAACGACAAAGACGUCAAGUGGUUCAAGAGCUUGCCGUUAUGGACGAGGAGGGGCCGCAGCGGGUUCAUCAAGGAGAGCCUGGGUACGCAUGGUUACUUCAAGGCUACGUUCGACGGGAAAAUCAAUCCAAUGGAUGCGGUGGCGGUUAGUUUGUAUAAGAGAAUGUGGCCUAAGACGGCGAAGAUGUGGCAGCCGUAG